GUACGGAAGUUCAAGCUCCGGAUGGGCGAUCUGCGGAGUGACUCCAUUGGCAGUUGCGUAGCAAAUGUCGUAACCCACCAAAACAAUGGGCUGUGCCUCGCGACUUCGUCCGGUACACACGUCCGCCUCAUGAGCUUGUCAACAGGAAAGAGGAUGAACGACUUCGAGGGUCGCGCGAGCGUGUCAUGCAUCAUCCCCCGUGUUUCUGGCAGGAGGAGGCCAUUGUUAGAUAUGGUUGGGCGACGUUUAGCACAAAGGUGUCGCCCUAAAGUCCUAUCAAUCCAAACUGCAUGA